AUGGAAGUGGUGGUGGCAGUGUCUCCUCCUCCUCCUCCUCCACCUUCUUCUUCUUCCAUGGAAUUUAACUUUGAUAGCAACUGCUCCUCCCCUUACAUCACCGCACCUUCCAGCCCUCAACGCUUUGGCAACUUCUUCUUCAGUGCCCCCACCAGCCCCACCAGAAGACACUCCUCUGCUUCUACUCCUACCACUACCCAAGACGAAUUUGAAUUCGACUUUAGUAGUCAUGUUCAAAGACCUUCUCUUUCCGCCGAUGAAUUGUUUCUUGGAGGAAAGAUUAGACCUUUGAAACCCUCUUCACCUUCAUUCAUUCCGAAUAUUAACAAAAACAAAAUCUCAUCUGAUAGAACAGAGGACAAAGGAUCAUUACCACCGCCACCACAGGAUAAAAGAAUCAGAGAAAGAGCAUUUUCAUUUUCCACUUCUUCCGCGAGUUCAGAUCGCAGACAAAGCGGAAUCAACAGUGUAUUAUACGGUGAUGACAACAUCGAUGAUACGUCGGAGUCAUCACCGGGGAAAAAUAUCGACAAGGCCUCGGAAACCGUUUCUCAUUCCUCGUUUUUGUCGUCGAUUUCGUUCGGGAAAGGGUACCGAAAGUGGCGGCUGAAGGAUUUUCUGUUGUUCCGAAGCGCCUCCGAGGGAAGAGCUUCGGACAAGGAUCCUUUUCGGAAGUACGCAGUUCUUUCCAAAACGACAGCGCACGAGGAUGUGCGGAACAUGAGCUUUCGGUCGGCGGAGAGUUCCGGUUCGGUUUCGAGACGGAGAGGACCGGUUUCGGCUCACGAGUUGCAUUACACGGUGAACCGGGCUGCUUCUGUGGAAAUGAAGAAGAAAACUUUGUUGCCUUACAAGCAGGGUUUGUUGGGCUGCUUGGGCUUCAACCCUGGCAUGCAUCACUUCAGUGCGAGAAUUGGAUCUUCUGAGCGUUCGUAA